ACAGUUCUGUACCACAUGGAGGGGAUUUGGUCAGUAGAACUUAUUUGAGGUUAAUAAACAUAUGAAUAAUAACAAUACACGAAAGAAGCAGAAGAAUACCAAACCGGAUGACGUUGUGAUUGUGAGAGCAUCCACAUGUGCUUGGAUUCUAAAGGCAGCUCCUGUGUUUGUUUGAAAGAGAGCAGUGCAUGGUGAAAUCCACUCUGCUGCAUUUAACCACAGUCGUGAGUUUUUUCUGCCAAAUUUCCCAGCAUGUCAGGGGCCUACGACGAGAGUCUGGCAUCUGAUGAGACCACAGACAGUUUCUGGGAGGUCGGGAACUAUAAGCGUACAGUCAAGCGCAUUGAUGACGGACACCGGCUCUGCAAUGACCUGAUGAGUUGCAUUCAAGAACGUGCCAAAAUAGAGAAGGCCUAUUCACAACAGCUAACAGAAUGGUCGAAGAGAUGGAGACAGCUAGUGGAGCGAGGACCACAAUAUGGGUCAGUACAGAACGCCUGGAUUGCAACGAUGAAUGAAACUGAUAAAGUGAGCGAGCUUCACCAGGACAUAAAGAACAUUCUGAUAAAUGUGGACUUGGAGAAAGUAAAAAACUGGCAGAAAGACUCCUACCACAAGCAGAUUAUGGGAAGUUUUAAGGAGACCAAAGAGGCAGAGGAAGGCUUCAGAAAGGCUCAAAAACCAUGGGCCAAAAAGCUUAAAGAGGUGGAGACAGCAAAGAAAGCAUACCAUAUGGCCUGCAAGGAGGAGAAGCUUGCUUUCAGCCGUGAAGCCAACAGCAAGGGAGAAGCAUCGUCUACAACUGCAGAGCAGCAGAAGAAGUUACAGGAGAAGUUGGACAAAUGCAAAAGUGAAGUUCAGAAGGCCAAAGAGAAGUAUCUGAAGGCUCUGGAUGAGCUGAGCAACUGUACGCCACAGUAUGUGGAAAACAUGGAGCUGGUUUUUGAACAGUGCCAGCAGUUUGAAGAAAGAAGACUGGCCUUCAUGAGGGAGGUGCUGCUGGAUAUCAAACGCCAUCUUAACCUCACAGAGAACCAAAGCUAUGCCACAGUUUACAGGGAUUUAGAACGAACCAUCACCUCUGCCAGUCCUCAAGAAGACCUCAGGUGGUUCAGCAACAACCUUGGCCCUGGCAUGCCCAUGAAUUGGCCACAUUUUGAGGAAUAUAAUCCAGAACUGAGCCAUGCCAUCCACAAGAAAGAAAAACUGAAAAAGAACCAUGAUGGUGUCACACUCACCUAUGUCAUGACUGCUGAAGAUCGGAACUCGUCACCGCAGGUUGAAAACCGUGACAGUGUGAGCAGUUCUGAACAGAAUCGGGCAUACUCAGCAGACUGGUCGGAUGAAGAACAGGCGGCUGCAGAGACCAACGGAGCCACCAACCCGUUUGAAGAGGAAAGGAGCCAAGGAGUACGAGUUAGGGCACUGUAUGAUUAUCAAGGGCAAGAGCAAGAUGAGCUCAGCUUCAGCGUAGGUGAUGAGCUAACUAAACUAGAAGAUGAAGAUGAUCAAGGCUGGUGUAAAGGACGGCUGGACAACGGUCGAUUUGGACUGUACCCAGCCAAUUAUGUUGAGCCUAUUUAGUUGUCCUGUGUAGAGAAAAAUUUUCUUUUUUCUACUGUUUACUGAAUAUAACCAAAUACUAACAAGAUACUAUUUACUUUCCCUAAAAACAUUUGCAUAUUCGAAAAAUUUAAGAGAAGAAUAAGCUCGAAUGUACAUAAGGUACAUAAAGUUGCUUUAAUCUACACGAUACAUUUGGGUUAUCAGAAACAAAUCAAAAUGUGAUGUAAUGUCAGUUGACCCAAAGAACGUUUUCACAUCCAUGUGAGUCUGUAGAUUGGUCUUUUGAAAGAUAUUAAUAUAACACAGCCCAUGAAGCCUAGCAUAGCAAUGCACUAUGCAAUAUGUAUAUUUUAAGUUUUAGGUUUUGUAGUGACAGCCUCACUAUUGUACCUAUUUUUGGUCCUGUUUAUUACUUGUCUGGGUUUUAAUGCAUUUACAUAUCCUUUUAUCACUUAUUUAUUGAUUUGCCAUUUUCCUGUAUAUGAUUGUAUAUUGAUGUUUUUAUCUCUGUGUACUGCAAAUGAAGUCACAGCUUUUUUUGUUUGUUUUUUUGCAUGUGCUAGUGUUUUUAAUUCACUUUUACCUGAAAUGCAAUCUGUGCUGGUAUAAGACACCAUAUUGCAACUUGAUAGUGAAAUUCUGGCCCUGACAUUUAGCAGUUUAGAUCAUAUGCAUACGUUUGUAUUGCUUGAGCGCUGUUAUCAAGUCAAUUAAGUUAAUUAUUAAUUUAUAGUUGUGUUAUGUCAUGGUAACAUCCACACUAACAAAGUAGUUAUUAGAUAUGCUGCUUGGCAAAAAAAAGGCACGUGUUAGUGAGACUAAUUGGGGGAAAGGAGGAGAGUAUAUCAUGCAUAUAUCCCACUGUACAAGCCUCUGGAUGCAGUGUUAUGAUGGGCUUGCUUCAGUUGGUCAGGUCUAGGACUAGGUCUGGGAGCAUGACGAGUGCAAAAUUUGAGUGAAAUUUUUUUUUGGCCAGGAAGUAUACAUAUAAUUUACAUGUUUCCAAGUGUUACUAACAUUACAGUUCCAAUUAAAAAAUGUACUACUUUUUGACCAUUUUAUCAAAGCACCUGUACUGAGUGCCUCCUAACAGUGCAAGCCAUUUUGUCUUCAAGUAAUAUUUGACCGAUAUGUCCUUAUGACUGCCAUAUCAUGAAAUUUGCAUCGAUAUGCAUAAAGGACAUGCAUAUGCCUUAAGGUAAUAGGUAAUAGUUUGUUUGUGAAUAUUUUACCCUAUGGCAGUGCAACCUGCAAUGGAUAAAGCCUAGUUAGCAGUUUCAAUAGUAACUGCAAAUAGGGUUUAUUCAUUAUUAGCAAAAUUAGCACUUCUGUGUAAAUAUUUAUUUCAACAUUUCAGAAUCUUCUCUUCUUUUUUUUGGCCAAUAUUAAGGGCAUGGAAAUGGGAGCACCAGAAUGAUCUGAGUGUGUUUAAGUUCAUAUUUAAGCCGAUCUACUUCUAUUGCUGGUGUAGUGACUGUUCAAAAUAAAAUUUUAACCUUUCAUGAA